CUCUUAUCGCGCUCCCUUCUCUCCCUCUCCUUCUCCCUCUCUCUCUCUCUCUCUCUCUCUCUCUUACUUCACUUGUUACUUGGCCUCGGGUCGAUCGAUCUCCAAAGCUUUUAUACUCAACUAUUCUACGCACUUGCUGGAUCUGUCAUCCAGCUGGUGCUGUGUGUCGUCUAUCAGCCUUAUCUGAGCUUCCCCGCGUAUCGAGAGCGUCUCCGCUCCAGAUACGCAGUAUCCUAGCACCCCCUCAAACCACUAAACACCCCACGACCAACAGGAACAGAGACCUUGUAUAGUCCCGACCCCUCUUCGUGUACUUCAGCUAGCCCCCCACCUCAGUGAAUCGGCCGACGGUGUCAACCCCCUCCGUUCUCAGACCUUACCACAGGUCUUGAGAGCGGUUAUCCCGUGCUCGAGAACUUCCCUCUAGCCUCAUUUUUCUGAGGCAACCGACUUCUUGAAUGCCCCCGGCAGCCCCUGACGACUUGAUCCGCCAGCACAGCCGGUCUUUAGAAGACGAUCGCUCAGCGCCCACCCUGUCCGGCCCAAGCAACACCAUUCUGGAGCAUGAGCCAAGUGGGAAAAGCAAGAAGAAGAAGAAUGGUAAAAAGGCCAAGGGGGGCAAGGCAGCGCCCGAAGCACCCCCAGAGGAUUUAAUCCCUGCAGUUCCCGCCCUGGAGGAGCCUCUCUCCUUUCCAGAUCCAGAUCCAGAGGCAGAGGCAGAGGUAGAUGUAAACCCUCCACUGGACCAUCAUGAUCCCCUUCCCGUAGCCUCGCCCGUCCUCGAUGCUCUCGGGUCAAUCGGGGAAACGGCAGAGAACGACCUGACGACUAGGACGGAUAGCUGGGCACAGGCAGUACCCUAUGGCAAGAGUCCACCCACCGAUUUGAUGGAUGGGGAGCUCCCCAAUGAAUCUCCACUCAACUUUCCAACCAUUCAGGAACGUGGUGGCUUCAGUCUACCCUCGUCCGCAUCGCCACCGACUCGCAUUCGACCGUUCAGUUACGGGAGUGGGUAUCGGAGCAAUAUUCAAUCGCGCCAGCAGUCGGUCGAUCGACGAAAGAGUCAUUCCUACGGAAGCCCGAUGAGCAACCUAGCCCCGCCUCCACAUCUACCCCAGGCUCAUUUCUAUGGUGCUCCUGAGAUCGACCUUCCUACCCAGAAUCGUCCCGGUGAUGGCGCCUACUCCUUCUGCAGCUUUGACACCCUGCCGAGCAUGUCCGUCAAGACUCCACGGACGGCUUUGAAUGUGCUCGUGGUCGGGACCGACGGUGCAGUCGAGGUGCUUGCCGUUGAGGAUCGUCGCACUCGAUUGGUUGGGCAGAUCAAUGGGUUAAAUGGCCGGGUCCUCGAAGCGAAGAUCCUGUCUGGAAAUCAAUAUCCCGAUGCAGGCACUACGUCUCAACCACACGUGGCUAUUGUCUUGCACGGGCCAAUGCCGCCUGGCGAAGAGGAAGGUCGGGUGUCUGCCGCUGCCUCGGAUGUGAACGAGGUUCCUCCUUCGAUGGCGCGGGGCUAUUCGGGUGAGCGGCGAUCUGUGAGAGGAGAGCCUACAAGUUACCAAACCCGGGUGGAGGUAUAUUCUCUCCGAUCUGGUGAGCAUGUAGCGACCCUAUUUUCCAGCAAACCAGUGCCAUCACCAGGGAAUAUUCCGGGCCUUCCUUCCUUGGCACCGGGCCCGGUGGGUAGCUUGAGACUUUUCCACAGCGGGAACCACGUUAUUGUUGCUUCUGGGAUUAGUGGAGAGGUGUAUGCCUUCAAAUACACCUUAACGGGUGCCUAUCAGUGUCUGGGAAAGACCUGGACCAAUGUUCAGCUUGGAGAAGCACGACGAUACUCUACCUCGUCAAGUUCUACCGAUGCGGACGGGUCUCACCAUGAUCUUCCAAGAACAUUUGCCAGGGAGCGACCGGUCUUGGCCCUUCAAGGAAGAUGGCUAGCGAUUGUGCCUCCCUCUUCUCACAGAGCCUCCAUCCAAGGAACAGUCCCCGCACAUUUGAUGCACCCCAGAGCUCAAGGAAUGGAGACCCGCAGUCCGUCAACCGUGCCAUCUGUGAACUGCGCUACAGAUGCAGGCGACGGCGAAAGCUUCCUCGACAAGGUUGCCCGAGGUGUCACUCAGGAGCUGGUCAAAGGUGCCCGCUGGAUGGGUGAUCAAGGACUUCAGGCGUGGAACAACUAUUGGAACAAUGGGCAAUCUUCCACUCCAAGCACUCCACCACUCCGACCUACUCGGGGCCCAGACUCCCCCGGACAGGGCUAUGGACUGUUCCCGCCUACACACUCCUUGGAUACCCAGGUCACGUCAUCGCCGGAGCCCGAUGCGGUCUCGAUUAUCGAUCUCAAAAGAUUUGAUGAUGGCCUGGAUGCAAAAGCAGCAUCUCUCAAUCCCGUGGCAACAUUUCAGGUUCCCAACGGCUGUAGCUUCCUAUCACUCUCCCCCAAUGGGUUGAUGCUCUUCACCGCAAGCAAGAAGGGUGAUGUGCAAUAUGUCUGGGAUCUAAUGCAGCUCAAGCACUGCCGUGCCAUGGCGUUCUUGGCCGACGACCAGGGUGGCCACAGUCCCAACGUCCGACAGGUUGCUCGAUAUGCGCGACUAACCACUUCGAGCAUCGUGGACGUAAUCUGGACGGCCCCAGUCGGGGAUCGAUUGGCUGUCAUCACGCGGAAGGGAACUGUGCAUGUCUUCGACUUGCCUCGAAGUGCAUUCCAGUGGCCUCCUUUCCGUCGAGCUCGUCCAACCGCUAAGAAAUCGCCAACCGUGGAUCCUACAGGUGAUGAGUUGUCGGGUCCAGCAGCGGCUGGAAACCCACUUUCUGCGGCUAUGACCUUCAUGGGCGGGAAGACACAGCCAUUCCUCUCUGCAGUACGAGGUCGCGUUCAGUCUACUGGUAGCGGUUUCCCUCAUGUGAGCGGAUUUGCUCUGCCAACUGCGGCUAGCAUCAAAGGUGGCAAGGUCGUUGCAGCAGGACUGAGCAAGUCCAUGGGGGCGGCAGCCACGGGGACUGUACAGACCCUCCGGCAUGUCGGCGAGAACCGACUUCACCUGUCAGGGCUCGCAAGGGACCCGGCUCCGUCUCGGGUGAUUUGGAUCUUUAACAAGGGACAUAUCUUCAUGGGCCUGGUGGAUGAUGGACAGUUCAAACUGUAUCGUCUAAAGCGAAGCACUUCUACCAACAAGAAUCGUCAGUCAUAUUCUGUCAUUGGAAGCAAAGAUGUCCAAUUUAGGCUGCCUGCCAAUAUGCAGAGUAUCUGUGGCCCGGCGCCUCUUGUGCCUUACGAUCCUGAGAAGGUCGUUCAGGCAUCCCUCCUCUUGCCCUCUGCCAGCUCCCAGCCUAGCAGUACGGGCAAGGCCUUUUGCCAGCCGCUAUCUCAGGCUGAGAUUGAGACCAAUACACCCUACCAACCAUUCCACACGGAUCAGCGUGUGAGCCUCCACGUUUACCCUAGUGAUAGCAAAGCACAGGUGCCUAGCGGUCAGUGGGUUUUUGGCGACGACAUCCCGACAACUAAGGUGCAUGUCCGAUCGUACAAUACCAGUGGUGAUGACCAAGAUGGCGAGGCCGAUGAGGAUGCUGCCAUCCGCGGCGAGUCCUUUGGGGCCGGUGGAGAGAUGGAGAAUCUCAUCACUCUUGGUAAUAGUACCGGCAAUGUUGAAGAAGUGGUCAUUACCACUCGCCGGAAGAAGAAACACUCUACUCCUCUCAGGGCGGAUGACGGAUUUUUCGAGGAUGACUGCGAAGUCCUGGACUUUGCACGGGAUCGGGUUUGAAUUGAUUUUCAUUCUCUUCUCGUUUAUUACGUGAGAACCGGGUUUUCUUUUUUUGGUGUUUUUUGGGGGGGGGUUUUCCACUACUUUUUGAUGAUUAUCCAGUGUUUUAGAUUUUUGCCUGCGCGGCGUUGGAGAAUUGCAGCCGGAGUUUGUCCCUUGAUUUCCGUCUCGAUCCUUCCCAGAUGGAACCAGACCUAUGAAAUUGCAUUACAUACAUGUUGGCUUGUCUUGUUUUUUCUUUUUUGGGUGCACUUGCUAUCUGAUCAUCUUUUCCUUUGGUAUUGUCUCGAUGACUUUUUUUCGUUUUUUUUUUGGCACUUUUCUCACAGAAACCCAAAUACCCAAACCAUGUACUGAUCGUUGUUCUUGGCAUUCUAUAGACUGGAGGACAUGUCAUGCUUUUUUCCUUUCUUGUUUCCUGUCUCGGACACUCGAGACGACUGUCUCUACCGAUGACGUUUCCCUUUCCGUUGGCGUCGGAGAGUUUUGAUCAGAAUGGUCUUUUCUCAUUUCUUGUCUUUUUGACGCUUUCCUGCACAUUGAGCUCUACUCUCGUCUCUCGCUGGAAGCUCGAAACGGCUAUACUCUGAACAUGAAUCAAUCAAUGCAACCAGUGGGGCUACAACACCCCAUGGUAUUCAAGAUAGACAGCCCCGCACCUUUUAAAUUCGUAAAUUGCAUCAUCUAUAAGUUGGCACCUCUACACGGUAGCUCUACUAUAAGCCCCUUCCUAUACAGCGCCAGCAGUCGCAACCUCCAUCUCCUCCUCCCACCACCCCCUAAAAACCUUCAAUCUCUCCGUCCUCACCCUCGCCAUUCCCUUGCCAGUCUCCGUCUUCAUCAUCCCCUCUAACCUCUCCAACUUCUCCACAAAAUGCUCUAUACAAUUCCCCAUCUCCCACCCAUUCUCCCCCGCAAAUUUCUUGCCCUGGGCCCCGAGAAACGUAAACGUCCGCCCGAUCCCAACCGCCCCGAUGGCAUCUAGUCGAUCCGCAUCCUGCACGAUUGCUAGCUCCGGGUACCCGUCCUCGUCGAUAAGCCGACGGAUCAACGCGGGGUCUUUACACUCGGUCGUGUAGGAGACGUGGGAGACCACCAUUUGGACUUUCGCAGCUAGUUCCGCGGGAGCCCCGUGGUUGAGCAGGGCUAUUUGGACCAUCGUUUUAGGAUCGACGUCGACCUGCUCGCUGGUGGGUGCCCCGGAUUUGGACUCGUUGCUCGCAGAUGCAAGUGUGGGGAGAUACUUCCUGUCGCCGAUGUCGUGGAGCAGAGCGGCUAGUUUGACGACUGCUGGGUCGAGGGGUCGGGUGGGGAGGGCGGUGGCCUCGGCUUCUAGGAUUGUGUUUGCGAGGUUUGCGACGCGGUGGACGUGGGCGGGGUUGUGGGAGGGGUCGUGGCCCGACAUGCAGGUGUUGACGAAGGUGGUCAUGGAUGCGUAGAGGGUUUGGAAUUCCGGGCUGGUGAUGUCCAUUUUUGCGGGGUUGUUUGGUGAAGAGUCCGGUUGGGGACGGUAUUGCGAAGACGAGGGUUGGAGUGGAGUAUAUAUGAGGGGGGAUGUGCUUAGAUGCGAGGCUCUUUGUGGGAUAGGUCGAGAUAUGUAAGUGUAGAAAUGGGUGUGAACUUCACAGAGGGGAGAGAUAUAUCCUGGCGAUUGCCCGUAACCUAAGAUCAGCAGAAACUUUCUUCCCCGCAGUAAACAACGC